CGCAGAGGGCGAGAGGCAGUCUGGGAAGCGGCGCCAUAUUGGCGUCGGCCGCGCUGUAUUGUCAUAAAUAGAGCCGGUUUUGUGGUGUUUCCACUACUCAGUUGGAUGCCUCGGCCACAGUAAGUGAGAAAGUGAACGGGCCAGCGAGCUACCAGCGACCAGAGCACAGUGGACAAGGGGAAAAGGGAAGAGCAAGAACAGGACUCCAAAGCGAAAGACACUUGCUGAGGAGGGAGACGCAGGAAGCGAUGAAAGAGAUGUCUGCAAAUACCAUGCUGGAUAGCCAGCGUCAACAAAAGCAUUACGGAAUUACCUCUCCAAUUAGUUUGGCAUGUCCUAAGGAAAUCGAUCAUAUUUAUACACAGAAAUUAAUUGAUGCCAUGAAACCAUUUGGGGUCUUUGAAGAUGAGGAAGAACUGAACCACAGGCUGGUUGUUCUUGGCAAAUUGAACAAUUUAGUAAAAGAGUGGAUUUCUGAUGUCAGUGAGAGUAAGAAUCUUCCACCUUCUGUUGUGGCUACUGUUGGUGGUAAAAUUUUUACGUUUGGAUCCUACAGGCUUGGAGUACACACCAAAGGAGCUGACAUUGAUGCACUUUGUGUAGCUCCAAGACAUGUGGAAAGAUCUGAUUUUUUUCAAUCUUUUUUUGAAAAAUUAAAACAUCAAGAUGGCAUCAGAAACUUAAGAGCUGUAGAAGAUGCAUUUGUACCUGUUAUAAAAUUUGAAUUUGAUGGUAUUGAAAUUGAUCUAGUCUUUGCAAGACUGGCAAUACAAACCAUAUCAGAUAAUUUAGAUCUAAGAGACGACUCUCGCCUGAGAAGCCUUGAUAUAAGGUGUAUUCGCAGCUUAAAUGGAUGUAGAGUUACUGAUGAAAUUUUGCAUUUAGUGCCAAAUAAAGAAACAUUUAGACUCACUCUCAGAGCAGUCAAAUUAUGGGCAAAACGACGUGGUAUUUAUUCCAACAUGCUGGGAUUCCUUGGUGGUGUCUCCUGGGCAAUGCUAGUUGCAAGAACUUGCCAGUUAUAUCCAAACGCAGCAGCUUCUACUUUAGUUCAUAAGUUCUUUUUAGUUUUUUCCAAGUGGGAAUGGCCAAAUCCAGUGCUGCUGAAACAACCAGAAGAAAGUAAUUUGAACCUACCCGUGUGGGAUCCUCGGGUAAAUCCAUCAGAUAGGUAUCAUCUCAUGCCCAUAAUCACCCCUGCCUACCCACAACAGAAUUCUACGUAUAAUGUGUCCACAUCAACUCGAACAGUAAUGGUAGAAGAAUUUAAACAAGGUCUUGCAGUCACAGAUGAAAUUCUUCAAGGGAAAUCAGAUUGGUCCAAACUACUUGAGCCACCAAAUUUCUUUCAAAAAUAUAGACAUUACAUAGUAUUAACUGCCAGUGCAUCAACAGAAGAAAAUCACUUAGAGUGGGUUGGAUUAGUAGAAUCUAAAAUUCGUGUGCUUGUUGGAAACUUGGAACGGAAUGAAUUUAUUACUCUUGCCCAUGUGAAUCCCCAGUCAUUCCCAGGAAAUAAGGAACAUCAUAAAGACAACAAUUACAUAUCAAUGUGGUUCCUCGGAAUAAUAUUUCGGAGAGUAGAAAAUGCAGAAAGUGUUAACAUAGACUUGACAUAUGAUAUACAGUCUUUUACUGAUACAGUGUACAGGCAGGCAAACAAUAUAAACAUGCUAAAGGAGGGAAUGAAAAUUGAAGCAACUCAUGUAAAGAAAAAACAGCUUCAUCACUACCUUCCAGCAGAGAUUCUUCAAAAGAAGAAAAAGCAAAGUCUCUCUGAUGUUAAUCGAAGCUCAGGUGGACUUCAAUCCAAAAGGUCAUCUCUGGAUAGCAAUUGUUUGGAUAGCUCUAGAGACACUGAUAAUGGAACACCUUUUAAUUCCCCAGUGUCUACAAAUAAGCCUUCCAAGCCUGAUAGUCCUCCUUCAGGAGAAACAGAAAGGAACAGUGCUGAGCCUGCUGCUGUAAUUGUGGAGAAGCCACUGAGUGUCCCACCAGCUCAAGGACUAUCUAUUCCAGUCAUUGGUGCAAAAGUUGACUCUACAGUAAAAGCUGUUUCACCUCCUGCUGUGUGUACCAUUCCUACUGUGGUAGGACGAAAUGUCAUUCCUAGAAUCACAACACCUCACAACCCUGCCCAGGGACAACCACAUCUAAAUGGAAUAUCAAAUAUAGCUAAGAACAUUACACCCAAGAGAUCCCAUUCCCCAUCCAUAGACGGUACUUCAAAGAGGUUGAAAGACAUAGAAAAGUUUAUUCGACUUGAAUCAACAUAUAAGGACUCUCACACUGCUGAAGAGAGAAAAAGAAAAUCUGUGGAUCCCAUUGGAGGAGAAUCUAUGCCUAUUCCAACUAUUGAUACAUCACGCAAAAAGAGACUACCCAGUAAAGAACUUCCAGAUUCAUCAUCUCCAGUUCCAGCAAAUAACAUCCGUGUCAUUAAAAAUUCCAUUCGACUGACCCUUAAUCGCAACUGGCUCUGGAGAAAAUAACGUAUCAAAGAGAAGCAAUUAUCUGCUAGUUUCAACCUUAGAGACUUUAAACCAAUUUGAGAUAGAAGGUAUGUGACUUAAACUCUUGUCCAGUUGGGGCAGGAGAAUUCAUUUUUAAAGUUCUAUUGGUCCUUAAAAUAAGAGCAACUUUGUUUUAAGGCAGUCAUUUAGUAACAUUAUUAAAAUGCGUACUUUAGUAGUGAUUAGGGAAGGAUGGACCGUGUCAAAAAUGGGCUAUUUAAAAAAAAAAAAAAAGGGCUAUUUUCCACCAUGUCCCACAGCUUUGAAAUAGAAAUUGUUAACUUGAGGAUCAUGAACCAUUAGGGAAUCCUUAAGUAACUGGAUAUAAGUUAUUUGUAUGCAUUUUUCUGAGUUCAUAGCUUUCCUCAGUUUCUCAGAGUAGUUCAUGACCCAAAUGGGAGAGGGGAGAAGAACCACCAGAAAUUAAUAAUCUGGGAUAUUUUGAAUUUCCUACAUUUGGUUUUGCUAUGGUACUUUUCUGAAAAUGUGCUAUGGCUCUUAACUGAUAGAGGACACUGAAACACCAAAUCUCUCUCUAAGGUUCUUUCUAUACUUCAAAUGGAUGUCAUAACAUCAUCAAAAUGAAAAAUGCUUACUUACCAGAUUUACAAAUGUCUUUUAAGUUAACUUAGGUUCAUUAAUAGGGUCAAGCUUAAGUUCAACAGGUUUUUGCCUGAGAUUGAUCAACAGCCUAGAAUGAUCAUUAGACAUGAUUUUUUAAAAAAAUCAUUAAAAGAUCCUAAUCUUUUGAGUUCUACAGUAUUAAAAUUCUCUCUCCUUCAUGUUUGUGGUUCAGGCCAGAACAAACUGAGCAGACCAGUAGAAGAUACUGAGUUAAAAAAAAUUUUUCUGAAUAAAUAAAAUUGUGUGGAUUUAAAUAAACAACUGCCCCUUAAAUCAUCCUAAGUUUCGAAUUUAAAUUGGUCAUGAUGAUAGUAACAAAUACACAUGAUGGAAGAAAACAACCAGUCUCAAUAAUGGUAACUCUUUCCUUAGGAUUUUUUAAAAGAAUUGUCCAAGGUCACAUCUUCCCAAGUGGCCUAUUUUUUUUUUUAAGUAAGUUUUCUGAUAUAAUUUUAUAUUUGAAAUAAGUUGAACAUAAAAUUAUCAUCUGGCUUGCUAUAAUUUUUAAGCUAUUGCUGCAUUUUUGCAAUACCCACGUAAUUACCUUAUAAAGUACUUAGGCUAUCUUUGAGGUCAAUGGUGCUACAUCACUCCACAGUGUUAUGUAAAAUAAAUGCAGCCACUUUUCCUUUUGAGAUAGCUGUUUGUGUAGUCCAUAUUAAUUUUUCCUGCUUUUCUUUUGGAUUGUCUUAUUAGUUGUACACAUGAGUCUCAUUAUUUGUCUGGAAUAAGUAAUCAAAUAAACUUGCUUUCAUAAAUAGGUGAUGAUUGAGUGAUAUUAUUUGGGAGAAAAGUACAGCAAGUCUUCAUUUAGCUG